AUGGCUACCCCCGGCGAUUCCAACUUCAUGAUGUCGGACGGCUUAGCCCCGCAGAGGCGGCCUGGAGGCUUCCCCUCGUCCUCAUCCACUCGGCCGCGGGGUCCUCCGUCAGAGAACAUGGGCACGCCUCGAGCUGACGACUAUGGCGACGCUGACGGCUUUGCGGACGACCAGCUUCCACGCAGCUCGCGCAUUCCAGAUGCUGCCAGCAUCCCCAAGGUGGAGGACCGGAUUGGUAUCCUCGUCCAGGAGCACUUUGAGGGCUUCAUCGAAAACUUCAUCGAAGAUCCUCUUUCAUCAGGUGCCCCCCCCUCGAGUGCCGCCACAACGAACAAGUACUACAUUGCCCAGAUUAGGGGCAUGCGAACAUACCAGCUCUCUACCUUCUAUGUCGACUACAAGCAUCUGGCCGCUUGGGAGAACGGCAGUCUUGCAGACGGUAUCAUACGCCAAUACUAUCGAUUUCUCCCCUUUCUUACCGCUGCGCUGCACAACAUGAUUGCCAAAUAUGAAUCUCAAUACUUCCGCGAGCAUCGUCAGGCCACCGCCUCCAGCAAGCUGAGCACCUCUGGCGCUAGCCAGUACGGUUCAGCAACCCAGAGCGACCUGUCCCAGAGAAAGAACGAGCAUCAGCAGACCGACAAGCUUUUCUCCAUUGCGUUUUAUAACCUGCCGCUUGUCUCCCGAGUUCGAGGCCUGAGGGCUGCCAACAUCGGCCAGCUGCUAUCUAUUUCCGGCACCGUUACCAGAACAUCAGAAGUACGACCUGAAUUGUCUCUGGCUACUUUUGUUUGCGAAGCCUGCCGUGCUGUCGUUCCCAACGUCGAGCAGACAUUUCGAUACACCGAACCAACACAAUGCCCCAACCAGACCUGUCAAAACCGUGUCUCAUGGCAGCUUGAUAUCAGGCAUAGCACAUUUGUCGAUUGGCAAAAAGUCCGCAUCCAGGAAAACAGUUCCGAGAUCCCCACAGGCAGCAUGCCCCGUACUAUGGAUGUAAUCAUGAGAGGUGAGAUUGUCGAUCGAGCCAAAGCAGGUGAAAAAUGCAUCUUUACCGGUGCUCUGAUUGUCGUACCGGAUGUCAGUCAGCUAGGUCUUCCUGGUUUGCGCCCUACAGCGGUCCGUGACGACCGCGGCGCACCUCGUGGAGCUGAUGUUGGCGGCAACGGUAUCUCUGGACUUAAAGCCCUUGGUGUUCGAGAUCUGACUUAUCGCUUGGCAUUCCUUGCUUGCAUGGUUGCGCCUGAUACCACGUCCACUGGCCAGUCUGCCGCAAGUGGUGCUGCGGAUGUUAUCAAUGCUCUUACGAAUAAUCGUAACGGUGCUGAAGGUACUGAGUCGGUUGACGAAGCCCAAGCUGCAGUCUUGGCGUCUAUGAAUCCUUCAGAGAUUGAGGACCUGCGAUCCAUGGUCCACGGCGAUCACAUAUAUUCGCGGCUGGUCAACUCAAUUGCGCCAACAGUGUAUGGGCAUGAAGUCGUCAAAAAGGGCAUCCUCUUGCAACUCAUGUCUGGAGUCAGCAAAACUACCGCUGAGGGAAUGCAACUGAGAGGUGAUAUCAACAUUUGCAUUGUUGGAGAUCCUUCGACAUCCAAGUCCCAGUUCCUCAAAUACGUAUGCUCUUUUGCACCACGUGCAGUGUACACUAGUGGUAAAGCCUCGUCUGCCGCUGGUUUAACAGCUGCCGUUGUCAAGGAUGAGGAGACAGGAGAGUUUACCAUCGAGGCCGGAGCACUUAUGCUGGCGGAUAAUGGUAUUUGCGCCAUUGACGAGUUUGACAAAAUGGAUAUUGUUGAUCAGGUUGCUAUCCACGAAGCCAUGGAACAGCAAACAAUUUCUAUUGCCAAGGCCGGUAUUCAAGCAACACUCAAUGCGCGCACCAGUAUCCUGGCUGCGGCAAAUCCGGUUGGAGGUCGCUAUAACCGCAAAACCACUCUCCGCGCCAACAUCAACAUGUCAGCGCCUAUCAUGUCCCGUUUUGAUCUGUUCUUCGUAGUGUUGGAUGAGUGCUCCGAGUCAUUCGACCGCCAUCUAUCUGAGCAUAUUGUUAGAGUCCACCAGCGCCGCGAUGAGGCUAUCACUCCUGAGUUCAGCACCGAGCAACUGCAGCGAUAUAUCCGCUUUGCAAGGACAUUCCGCCCUGAGUUUACAGAUGAGGCGAGGGAAUGCCUUGUUGAAAAGUACAAAGAACUCCGAGCUGACGACGCCCAGGGUGGCGCUGGCAAGAACUCUUACAGAAUUACGGUUCGUCAGUUGGAGAGUAUGAUUCGUCUGUCUGAGGCUAUUGCCAAGGUCAACUGCGUUGAAGAUAUUACUCCUACAAUGGUCAUCGAAGCGUUCAACCUCCUGCGCCAAAGUAUCAUCUCUGUUGAGCACGAUGAUGUCGAAAUGGAGGAGACGGAUGAUACUCAGGAAGACAGUGAGACACUCCGUCGCGCUGCUGAUACGGCCUCUGGAGUCACCCCUACGGAAGACCACGAAGGCGAUGCUGCCAUGGCGGAAGAGGGCCAAGAUGGCACAGAGCAAAUCGCCCCUGCCAGGAGGAAGCACACAAUCACUUAUGACAUGUAUGUCUCUAUGAUGAACAUGUUUGUCCAAAGGGUCAAUGAGGACGAGGCUGGCAUCGGCGACGGCGUCGAGGGCAGCGUUCUUAUCAACUGGUACCUGGAGCAGAAGGAAGAGGAGAUGGAUGGAGAAGAGGACUACCACAGGGAGAAGACACUGGCGAAUAUGGUUCUAAGAAAGAUGGUCAAGGACAAUAUCCUCAUGGCGCUCAGAGGCGAAGGCCUUACAGAUGGCGCUGGCCCGUCAGCUACACCAGCAAAUGUCGUCUAUGUUCUGCACCCCAACUGCGCGGUUGAAGAGAUUUAG